UCUCCUCCCCCCUCCCUCCCUGUCGUCGCACGGACCGACGGCGACGGCCGGGCCCCGCCCGCCGGGCCACCGCCCACCGCGCCUAUAUUCCAGCCUCCACCCGCCUCCCCCAGCGCAGCCGCCAGCCUCCGCUGAAAAGUCCUCCAACCCCAGAGCCCCCCCUCUCCCUGCCCGUCGGAGAGAUCCGGGCCGCCUGCCCCCAAUCCCGCCGCCCCCCGCCCCCGAAUCCGCGCGCCGUCCACGGGCGUCGGGCGGAAGAAGCCUCGCGCCCGCGCGCGCGCAUUUCCUCCGUCGCCUCGUCUCGCCUCGCCGGGGAUUCGGGAGGGGGCGAGGGAGGGAGGCGGGAUGCCGAUUGGGGUGUCGGACGAGCUGCUCGGCACCUUCGUGCCGAUCGCCGUCUACUGGCUCUACUCGGGGCUCUACGUCGCGCUGGACGGCGUGGAGCGCCUCGACGCCUACCGCCUGCACCCCAGGGGCGAGGAGGCCGCCCGGAACGUCGUCUCCAGGGGUGCCGUCGUCAGGGGCGUCCUCGUCCAGCAGGCCUUCCAGGUCGUCGUCGCGCUCACGCUCUUCGCGGUUAUCGGCGAUGAGAGUGGUAUUGCACCGAAGCAGCCUUCUGCUGUGGUGAUAGUGCUGCAAUUUAUCAUCGCCAUGUUUGUCAUGGACACAUGGCAGUACUUCAUGCACAGAUACAUGCACAUCAACAAGUUUCUGUAUAAGCACAUCCAUUCCAAGCACCACACUCUUGUAGUCCCUUAUUCCUUUGGGGCUCUUUACAACCACCCUCUCGAGGGCCUUAUUCUGGACACUAUCGGCGGUGCUCUCUCCUUCCUCCUCUCUGGUAUGACACCACGAACAUCCAUAUUCUUUUUCUCUUUUGCGACCAUCAAGACGGUGGAUGACCACUGCGGGCUGUGGCUUCCCGGUAACAUCCUCCAUGCGUUGUUCAACAACAACACUGCUUACCAUGAUAUCCACCACCAGCUCUAUGGCAAUAAAUACAACUUUUCGCAACCUUUCUUCGUCCUUUGGGAUAAGAUUUUGGGGACAUACAUGCCCUACUCUCUCGAGAACCGGAAAGGGGGUGGGUUCGAGUCCCGGCCAGUUAAGUCAGUAGAGCAGACCAAGGCUGAUUAAUACGUGCAUAUUAUCUGAUUCUCGUUCUGCUUAGAUCCGAUACACACUGUCCUAUCACGCCGCCUGAUUCUCUAACUAUGAAAAUGCUGUAGAAGUCUUAUGUCCUGGUUCAUAUAGUGAGGGUUUUUCGUGUUUUCUGACACUUCUUUCUUUUGAUUUGGUUUGGGAGUCCCAUCUUGUAUCAAGGUAAGGUAUAGCGGGUAAAAUCUUGUAUUGUACGAAAGAAUACUCGGCAUCCACUUGGAUUUGUCUCCUCUGGAUCGGUCUGUACUUCCAUCCACAUGGUGAUGUUAACAAAGAAGGAUGAUAUUAACACUACACGCAGUAUGCAGCAUCGUGUUGUCCUGCUCAUUUCGUUGUCUUCUUUUUCAUUUGUGUGUUGUGUUGGAUGAAUGUUGGACAUAUAAGCCUUCUUUCUGCUGUGUAUAAUAACCUGCGGAGAUGAUCCACCAGUGAGCUUUAUUGAA